AUGAAACUUAAACUCAACUUCUGCCUGUCGACUUUCUCGGUCCUCAUCCUCUUAUCCUUCUCCACACAAGCAUUUGCUGCAAAUCAAGCAAAAACGAAAACGGCGGUCGUCACCACAACCACCCCGUCGAAAAACUUGAAAAAUUCCACAUCAGAACAAGUCGAAGGAAGUGCAAACAUCCCUGGCAGGUUAGCAGAUAUCGAAGUCAAUGGAUCCGGCUACCCAACUGAUGAUGAGGACGGCGAUGAUGUUCAUGGAUCAGGAAAGCCGCCAUCUUCGCCCGUCAGCACUACAAAAUCGGACGUGAAGCCUACCUCUCCAAGCAAUAUUGUUGUGACAACGAAGCAGCCGACAACGAUAUCAACUACUACAGCGAGCUUCAAGCCUCCUGUUCAACCAAAACCUAAGCCUGCGGCUAACGACAAGGAGAUCAAGGUCGAGGAUGACGAGGACGAUGAUGAAGACGAUGAUGAGGACGACGAUGAGGAUGAUGAAGAUUUCGCUGAUGAAAAUGUUCAUAAUGAUGAUGACUUCUUCACUACCUCCACCACAACUCAUCGACCCGUAGCCGUUGUCACGACAACAACACCAAGGUCACAUGUGGCACAAUCGACGAAACCACCACGCCAACAGCCGCCACUGGUCACGUCAACCAUCUCAUCUGGUCCAUUCUCGCCAUUCCAUGAGACCAUGACAAAUGGCUUCUAUGCAGCAAUCGCCGGUGGAGUCCUUGUCGCCGUUAUCACUGCAAUCCUACUCGUACUAUUCGUGGUUUUCCGAAUCCGGAAAAAAGAUGAAGGGUCAUAUGCGUUAGACGAGCCGAAGCAAGCAAGACCAUAUGCCACGUAUGCCUAUACCAAAGCAUCAACAAAGGAAUUUUACGCGUAA